AUGGCCAGCAAGUCCUCCAAGCAGUGGACGACCGCCAAGAUCUUGUCCUAUGGCGUUGGCAACGUCCUCAACGACAUGUGCGCGUCCUCGUGGUUUAGCUACCUCCUCGUCUUCCUCAACGACGUGGCGAAACUCAGCCCCGUCGAUGGCGCGAUCGUGAUGUUCUCGGGCCAAAUCGCAGACGGCAUUGCGACGCCACUCGUCGGCGUGCUCUCGGACCGCUCGACGGGGUUUCCUUCCAUUGGCUUUGGCCGCCGCAAGACGUGGAACGCUGGCGGCUGCGUGCUCGUCAUGCUUUGCUUCUUCUUUGUCUUUGGCGCAUGUCUGCCACGCUGGUUUACCGACGCACCGUCGUCGACGGUGCUCGUGCUCUACUAUUGCACGGCUGCGAGUCUCUUCAACGUCGGGUGGGCGGCUGUCCAAGUGUCGCACAUGGCCAUGGUGCCCGAGCUCUCUUCCAAUGACAAUAUCCGCGUCAUCCUCAACAGCGUCCGGUAUGCGUUCACGAUCCUCUCCAACGUCAUGGUCUUCAUCGCGUUCUUCUUCCUCUUGCACGACGUCUCGCCGUACAACGUGCCCGACCAGCUCAAGUUUACGCUGCUGACGAUCUUCACGAUGGUCGUUGGCGGUCUCUGCACAUUCUACUUUCUCAUUGGCACGGAAGAAAAGUGCGGCCCGACCACUGUCGCCGAGAUCCAAUCGCUGCGUGCGCGCCGCAACAGCCCCGCGGUGCUGGACCACGGCCAUCGCGGCCCGGCCGAUAUGCCGUUUGAGGCCGACCUCACGCCGAUGACACCCUGCUGGUUUAAAGUGUGCAUGUUCUACGAAGUCGGCAUGGUCUACAUGUGCACGCGCCUCAGCGUCAACGUGACCCAAGUCUACAUUCCGUUCUUCCUCACGAUCUCGCUGCACAUGAACGCUGCGUCCAUGGCGAUCGUACCGCUGCUCGUCUACCUCUCGGGCUUUGUUGCGACGUUUGGCAUGCGCUACAUGAACGACCGCAUGGGCCGCGAAGGCACGUUCGCCUUUGGCACCGGUCUCAUGGUCCUCUCGCUCGUUGCGUGCUGGUACCUCACGGUCGAGACGUCGCAUUGGAUCUACCCGCUCUCGACAAUGCUCGGCUUUGGCCAAAGCGUCGUCAUGGUCACGAGCGUCUGUCUCGAGGGCGACCUCGUCGGCGACCAGAAUGAGUCGGGCGCGUUCGUGUACGGCGCGAUGAGCUUCACCGACAAGAUCUCCAACGGCAUUGCCGUGCUUCUUAUCCAGAACGCGCGCCAGGCGCUCACGAACGAUGCGCUCGCGGACGCGUACUUUGUGCGCCAGAUCUACUGCCUCGUGCCCGGCCUUGCCGUCGUCCUCGGCGCCAUCACGCUCUACUGGAUGCGCUACGGUAGCGGCACGCUCAACCUCAAGCCGCGCCGCCAGAGCGUCCACGAAGGCUCGCAGCUACUGCACGAAGAAGGCAGCUACGGGACGGCCCACGUCUAG